CUCAAGGAAGUCAGAUGCUGCAUAUAACAAGUGAUCCAGGACACAAAACCCUCACUUCCUCAUCUCAGCAUCUUCCUUCAUCACUUCUUCAUCUUAAAGAAACGCGUCUGCGAGUUAUCGCUCGGGCGCGGUUUUUGUUUCUCUAAAAGAGGCGGGAUUCUUAAUUUCAAGAAAAAAGUGCUAGUGAAAUUAGAUUUUGAAACUUUCGUUUACUUAGCGUUGGGACUUACAUUAUCCACAAAAAAAAAUGGCUAGAGCGUGCUGGAUGCUGUGUCUUGUGCUUUUUGUAGUUUGUUUGCAAAGAUCGUGGUCGCAAAUGCAAUUUAUGGACUUAAUACAAGGAGAUCAAGGACUAAACUUUGAUGAUCAAGGACUUAACUAUGAUUCAGGUUGGCCUCCUGGUCAAGCGAUAAACUAUGUGAGAUUAGCAAGAGACUUGAAAACACAGUUUUUCAAUACAUUAACAGGUGAUAAACAGCAACAAGGUGGAGCAGCAGCUGCUGAAGGAACCAAGCGACGAGAUCGAAUAACUGCUUUGUUUAUUAAACUGAUGACUAGACUUUUCCGUCAAAGACCUUUCCAAAGGCUUCUCUGCGGUUCAAACGCCACUUGUUUGGCUAACUUGAACACACCAACAUUUUAAGGUUCGGCUUUUUCUUCCCCAGCCAAAUCUUCCUAUACAAACAUCGGUCUUCUAAAGACUGUUGCCAAAUCGAUCUUUCAAGACCGUAGCUGGCCUACUGUUUAUCUAACAUUUUGAAAUGUAGUAUGAAGUACUAAUAUGUUAUCCUGCAUGUAUAUUUGCUUGCUUGAAAUAAAAAAAUUAUAUUUGUGUUUUUAAA